AUGCUGUUGAAGCUUGGAGAACAAAAUAUUUUGCAACAUGCUACCCUUAUCUUGGCUGUUCCUGAACGAGCUCUUUGGCUUGGCACCUUUGACAACAGUCUUUGGAAACUAGAACAACUCAAUCAGUAUCCUGAUUUCAACAACUACCUGAUUUUUGUUCUUACAAAGUUGAAGUCUGAAGAUGAACCAACACGUUCCUUGAGUGGUCUCAUCUUGAAGAACAAUGUAAAAGCACAUUUUCACAACUUUCCCAGUGGGGUAACUGAUUUCAUAAAAAGUGAAUGUCUGAACAACAUUGGUGAUUCCUCUCCCUUAAUUAGAGCUACUGUAGGCAUUCUGAUAACAACCAUUGCGUCAAAAGGAGAAUUACAGAAUUGGCCUGAACUCUUACCAAAGCUUUGCAGCCUGUUGGAUUCUGAAGAUUACAAUACCUGUGAGGGUGCUUUUGGUGCUCUUCAGAAGAUAUGUGAAGAUUCUGCUGAAAUUUUAGAUAGUGAUGUAUUGGACCGACCACUCAAUAUCAUGAUACCUAAGUUCUUGCAGUUCUUCAAGCACAGCAGUCCAAAAAUAAGGUCUCAUGCUGUUGCGUGUGUCAAUCAAUUUAUCAUCAGCAGAACUCAAGCUCUUAUGUUGCACAUAGAUUCUUUUAUUGAGAAUCUCUUUGCACUGGCUACUGAUGAGGAGCCUGAAGUACGCAAAAAUGUUUGCCGUGCUCUGGUUAUGUUGCUGGAAGUUCGAAUGGAUCGUCUCCUUCCUCAUAUGAUUAGUAUAGUUGAGUACAUGCUUCAGAGGACCCAGGACCAAGAUGAAAAUGUGGCUUUGGAGGCUUGUGAGUUUUGGUUGACUUUGGCUGAACAGCCAAUUUGUAAAGAUGUAUUAUGUCGGCAUCUUACUAAGUUGAUACCUGUGCUGGUAAAUGGUAUGAAAUAUUCAGAGAUUGAUAUUAUUCUGUUGAAGGGGGAUGUUGAAGAAGAUGAAGCUAUCCCAGAUAGUGAACAGGACAUAAGACCUCGUUUUCAUCGUUCACGGACAGUGGCUCAGCAACAUGAAGAAGAUCGUAUUGAAGAUGAUGACGAUGAUGACGAUGAACUUGAUGAUGAUGAUACUAUUUCUGACUGGAAUUUAAGGAAAUGUUCUGCUGCUGCUCUAGAUGUCCUAGCCAAUGUAUUUCGUGAUGAACUUCUGCCACACAUCUUGCCUCUUUUGAAGGAAUUGCUUUUCCAUCCUGAAUGGGUAGUUAAAGAAUCUGGUAUCCUUGUUCUUGGAGCAAUUGCUGAAGGCUGCAUGCAGGGUAUGAUUCCAUAUCUUCCUGAGCUGAUCCCUCACCUUAUUCAGUGCCUCUCCGACAAAAAGGCUCUUGUGCGCUCCAUUACAUGCUGGACUCUUAGUCGCUAUGCACACUGGGUAGUUAGUCAACCCCCAGACACAUACUUGAAGCCAUUAAUGACUGAGUUGCUAAAGCGUAUCCUGGAUAGCAACAAGAGAGUACAAGAAGCUGCCUGCAGUGCCUUUGCUACUCUGGAAGAGGAAGCUUGUACAGAGCUUGUUCCUUAUCUUGCGUAUAUACUUGACACUUUGGUCUUCGCGUUUAGUAAAUACCAGCAUAAAAACCUGCUCAUUCUUUAUGAUGCUAUAGGAACUCUAGCAGAUUCUGUAGGACAUCAUCUAAAUAAACCAGUGAGUAUACCUUAUUGCCUGUCGUCAGUUGCUACUGCCUUGCAAUCUGGCUUUCUUCCAUACUGUGAACCUGUGUACCAGCGUUGUGUAAAUCUGGUGCAGAAGACCCUUGCACAAGCCAUGUUGCAUAAUGCUCAACCAGACCAAUAUGAGGCUCCAGAUAAAGAUUUCAUGAUUGUGGCUCUUGAUUUACUCAGUGGUUUAGCUGAAGGACUUGGAGGCAACAUUGAACAGCUAGUGGCUCGCAGCAAUAUCCUGACACUAAUGUACCAAUGCAUGCAGGAUAAAAUGCCCGAGGUACGGCAGAGUUCUUUUGCGUUGUUAGGUGAUCUGACAAAGGCCUGUUUUCAGCAUGUUAAGCCUUGCAUCGCUGAUUUCAUGCCAAUUUUGGGAACCAACCUAAACCCUGAGUUCAUUUCUGUGUGUAACAAUGCCACCUGGGCAAUUGGAGAAAUCUCCAUCCAGAUGGGUAUAGAGAUGCAGCCUUAUAUUCCAAUGGUGUUGCACCAGCUUGUAGAAAUAAUUAACAGACCCAACACACCAAAGACGUUGUUAGAGAACACAGCAAUAACAAUUGGUCGUCUUGGUUACGUUUGUCCUCAAGAGGUGGCCCCCAUGCUACAGCAGUUUAUAAGACCCUGGUGCACUUCUCUGCGAAACAUAAGAGACAAUGAGGAAAAGGAUUCAGCAUUCCGUGGGAUAUGUACCAUGAUCUCGGUCAAUCCCAGUGGAGUAGUCCAAGACUUUAUUUUUUUUUGUGAUGCUGUUGCAUCGUGGAUUAGCCCAAAAGAUGAUCUCCGAGACAUGUUCUGUAAGAUUCUUCAUGGAUUUAAAAAUCAAGUUGGGGAUGAGAAUUGGAGGCGUUUUUCUGACCAGUUUCCCCUUCCCUUAAAAGAGCGCCUUGCAGCUUACUAUGGAGUUUAACCUCAUGCACUGUAGCUGCAAUCCCAUAAUUGGAGGUCCUUCAGUCUGGGAGACUAUGAGGGAGCCUCUGCACCCAGGGAAAAUGUUACCCUUUACUGGGGGGAAGGGUAAACCAGUAGGGAAUACAGUACAAUCCCAACCCUACUGGGAGGGGCGGGAGGGAGGUGUUGCCGUCACUGUAUUAAGUCGAUGUUGGGAAAUGUUUUAACAUCUGGAGCCUUUGUGGGUGGAAAUCUGUCUCCUAUUACAACUCUGCACUGGAUGUGAAGAAGAAAAAAAAAAAAAAAAAGAAAAAAACCAAAAGAAUCUAGUCACAAAACAGCACAUUCUGGAAUAUUGUGGGGAAUUGUACCAAAAUAAGAACCAUUUAAUUGAACCAUAGGGGUACGUAAAGAGGAAAACUACUUUGCGCACAAUAAAGGAAACCUAAGAAUAGGGGUUACAAAGAGUAAAAGGCUUUCUUUUUUCUUUUAUGUUUUUUUUUAAGUAAGGGUUUUCUACAUUAUUUCAUCCUGCUUGAUGGGAUUCCUGAGUAUUUGCAUGUUAAUGAAGAACUACACAAAUGAAGUUAGUACAGUUGAAAUGCAGCUUGUGUCUAGGAGCAGGCACUUGCAGUGCAUAAUAUAGAAACCCUAUCAUAAAUUAAUAAAGGUUAAUUUGGACAAAAGGAAGCAACCUGCAAGCUGACAAGUGAGUCACUCCUUUAAUUUUGGGGCGAGGGGAGGGACACUUUAAAGGAAAGAUUGACAUCUUAAUUUCUACAUUAAAAAAAGAGUUAAAGUAGUGGAUAUGAUUUGAUUAUUGUACUUAAUUAGAUUUAAUUUCUAGAGUAAGGCAUUAUUCUUAACGUGCAGUUUAAGGUUCAGGCAUGCGUUCUGGCUCAUAGUGAUCAGAUUUAAAUUAGUGGGAAAGUAGCAUGCUUGCAUCACAUAGAGUGAAAUUGGUAUACAUUUACUUAUGUUGCGCCAGUUUUGUGUUGCAGUUUACCAAUUCAAUAUAGCCCUGCAUUUAAAAUUCCUUUUUAAGAUUCUGUGGAACUUACUAAUAAUAUAGAUAUAAAGUACUGUAGUAAACAAUUAGGCCUUGAAAUACCUUUCUAGGAUCUGUUAAGAAUAAGAUUGAUAUUGUAUUGUGUGUAACCUGCACAAUGUGGAAAGCUGAUAUAGCUGUGCAAAAUAUUUGCCUCUGUGCUGUCAGUGUGAUGUGCUUUCUGCAUGGUUAUAUACUAGUGAUAUUAUCAGAAUCUUUAAAAAUGAGUUACAUGGUAAGACCCGUUAAAGGCUGCAUAAAUGUUAGUUGGCACGUAAAGACAAUUGUAGAAGUUGAUGACAUGAUUGCUGUAUUUGUGUUUAUUCCCACUCAACAUAUUACCUUCUAUGCUUUCUUUUUGUUCAAAGCAUGAUCUUAAAGAGAUGUUUAAGUUAAUGGAUGUAAUGCAGGGUAUCUACACUGUAUCGGCGCAUGUUGGUGGCCCUUUGUGAUGUAGUUAAAUGCACAAGGGUGCAAGUUUAAAGCUACAGAGUGAAAGUUGGUUUGGAUCCUCUUCAUUUCAUUUGUUUAGCUUUUCUGUUGUGUUUUUUUUUUCUCUACUUACAUGUAUUCCUGUGAAUAAAUCCUUGUUAAGUUAACCCUUUACUUUUCCUUUCAUGUGUAUUUUCUUAUGUACUGUGAAUGUGAAAUCCUAACUGGUACACUUGAUCUUGUGUCCAUCUGAAAGUGGCAAGUAUUUAAUAAUUUAGAUUGCCUAAAGAGUAUCCCAUGAUGAUAAAGGAAAAUGGAGAGAUUUUUAACUCUGCUGGUCAGAGGAGAAGCCACACCUUUCCAUUUUUCAAGUGCUGCGUAAUUAAUCUGCAAAACAAAACUAAGCCAUAACAGCCUUUUUGUAGAUUUAGUUUCUCACCUUUGCGUUGCAGAAUGGAUACUGGAUAACAGUUUUGGGGAUUUUUGUUUGGUUGAGUUCUUUUUAAGAACUUGCUCUUCUUUGCAUGGUUCUGUUCUUUGACUGUUGAAUGAUUUAGCCAUUGCACUGAAGUUUGAGCUGUGUGAGUGUGAACUUAUAAAUGCUGUUUAAAGAGUUUUGAUUUUUCUUAUGCAUGAUAGAAUGCACGUUUUACAUGCCCUCCACCCUCUUUUAUUUUGGCUUUGCAAAUUUUAAUGGAUUAUGCCUGAAGAACGGUUCGAACAUGUACUGGAUGAAAUACAUUCAGUAAUGCUAGUACAUAGUGCUUAUUUAAUUUGGUCAAAAUUGCAUGCAAUAACUUGCUUUCAAAUUACAUUGCUUUGGUAGCAAAUACAAAAUUCUUUCUUAACUAAUAACUCUGGGGUAAAUUAGUAAUAAUAACUAAAAACACUUUAAAUUCUGGAAGGAAAAAAAAAAACUAAACCUUUAAAAUUUUGCAAGGUGGGAUACUACUCUAGACCCAAACUUGCUUUAAUUUUGAGAAUGUUUAAACAUUAGGGGAGAGUUUCAGAGAAACAAUAUUAAAAAAUUUGUAGAAUAGAAAAGCUACCUAAAUAAUACUGUAGCAAAGCAGCUAGAAUCUGAGUUUAACUAAAUUUAAAUUUCAGAAAGGCCCUUUAUCCAAAUAAAACCAUUCCACCUCACCUCAGAUUAGCUUAGGAUGCCACUUUUGUACAUAGGUAUUUUAAUAGGUAUUUAUACAGAUGUGAACUGAUCUGGUAUAACAGCAAGGAAAAUAAAUAAGGCAGAAAUAAACAGUACUGACAAAACAGUCUUUCUGUCUGUAAGUUCUCUCAUGGUAUAUUUUAAAGCAAAUAAACUAUAUUCAUAAUGCGUAAUGCAGUGCAGAGAUUUGCAGAAGCCAGUUAGGGUAUAAUGUGAGGUAAGAAAAGUUCUGAAUCACCAUUAACAUUUAUAAUUCAAUUAUUGCAUCAUGGGAUAUAUAAAAAAGCAUCUUAAUUCUUGUGGUGUAGUCUUGACAGUCCUUGAAUGUUGACUGAAUGUUUAUACUGGUAGAAUUGUGAGUUUGUCUUUGUUACAUUCCAGUGUUUCUGCCUCUUGGCAUGCUAAAAGCACGGCUUACUUCAUUUGCUCCUUACACACUGAAUAAAGUGCUGUUAGUGUGCUAAACUACAGAAAUAGCCGCUGCUAAGUAAUGGUGUAGAUUUUCUACUUGAAUAUUUUUGUUGUAGGAACCUCAGGAGGUCAGUGUUUACUGUUUUUAUAUAUGCCUUUUUCCCAUUUUGAGUUUCCCUUUUUGAAGGAUUCUGAGAGUGAACAAAAGCUGCUGAUCAACCUAAGUUGGUAACAGAAAGCGUAUUUAAAGUCCCUAUAAAUGCAUCUUUUUGGCAGUUCUAAAUUGCUUUUAAAUUAGUCUUGAGUGAAGUUCAGUACUAAAUGUUUUUCAUUACACAUUUGGGAAACAGCUUGUUUCAUUUAGGGAAAAAGAUUAGAGUAGUUCAUUAUUUUAACCACUGCAAGCAAAAAUAAUCAAUUUUGUAAAUUUUUUCCAAAGCAUGAUUAUUUUCUAAAUCAGUGACAUAUGUAUAUAUUUAAACUGUAAUAAGCUAAUUCUUAUGCUUUAGUUUAUUGCUUCUUAAAGCUUGUACUCAAAAGAUCACUUUUAGAAGAAUGGGUUUAAAAUUUAUAAUAAUUUUUAAAAGUUAUGAAGUAGCAUAAAUUUUGUAAUUAACAAUAUUGAUACACACUGUGAUUUUUUUUGUUAACUUUUGUGCUAGCAUCAAUCUUAAUUACUUAAACUGCAUAUAUUGUAUAAUAUUAAAAAGUAUAUUUUAAGACUUCAAGUGGCUUUCCUCAAGCGAAACUCAUUGCUACUUAGAAAUAUUCAAAUACUAGCUUUAUCUCAGGUGAAUACUCUUGUACCCUUUUUGUUCAGAACAGAUGCUAAUACAAAUGUGUCGUAGUUCUAUCAGUUUAUGUAUUUCAUUUAGGCAGCUCUUCUGUCUUAAACUUACUCUAAAUUAACCUUCUACUGUGGGACAAUAAUGACUUUUGCUUCACCUGUUUUAUUCAUAUUGAAUGUAUUAACAGAUAAGGUGCAAAAACAUUCUUCCCUUGAGGAGAAUGCAUCCAUGUUCAAACAACUGAAAUAUUUAUUGAAAAAUGCUUUAAAUGCAAAGUUAUAUGGGAAAUGGUUUCUUUCAGAUUUUGUCAAGGGAAGAAGUUGCAACUUAACACUAACUGCUUCAAUACUAUCAUGAGGAUGUUAGAUGCAUAAAGCUUCUAUGUAGGGUCUAAAGAGUAACUUUCUAAAUAAAGGUUAAGCUCUACAGUGAAAUGGCGAAACAUCCUGCAGUUAAUCUCAGAUAUAUGUUGAUGUAGUUUGCAUACAUAUUUGUUUUAUAUUACAUAAGAAUUUCCAAUAACCUCAUCUUGAAUAAAUAAAGCUUGAUCAGUAGCUGUGUAUUUCACUCACCUAUGCAUUUUCCAGAAUGACUUGCAUCCAUCAGUAUUCUAGGUAUUCUCCAAUAGAAACUGGUUUUUGUCUGUCACUUUGCACUUGAUGGUUGGAUGCAUUGGAUGAUGGAUGCACUUGAUGGUUGGAGCAAGCCAGUUUUAGAUUAUUAUUUUAAAUGGGAAACUGAGGCAAGUACUUUUGUUGCUUGCCUUAGAUAUUUGGUAAAAUAACAAGGUUACGUAUUCACUUGAAUGUACUUACAUGAGGGAAAUUUAAAAUGGCUCUUUCAGAUGAAUUCCUGUGUGGUGUUACAGUGUACUUUAAGUAAGCCAAAUCCACAUCUUCAAAAAUUUCAGCACUUACAGUAUAGUGUCAUUUUUCUGUAAGCUCGUUCUAUUAUGCUACUUUCGCCUUAGAUGUCUAUUUCCUUACUUUGGGAGUGCAACAGAAUUGAGAAGGCCUGGAUGUUCUUUGCGAGGACAGUGAUUAGAAAAAAAGAUUGGUAUAAGCAAUUUGGCUGUUGAAAUCUCCACUGUAGUAUCUUUUUUCAUGGGAAGAGAUAGGUAGUUAUGUUGUACAUUGUCUGACUUAAUAAUUCUAAACACUUCUAAACUUUUUAAUUGGGUGCAGUAUACAAAGUAGUUUAAAAUCAAAGAUGACUGGAUCUUUCUGCUGACAACUUAGGUUGUGUGAGUUUUGCUUGAAAGCUUUAAAUCUGAUGUUUCUAUAUCUGCCACAAUGUUGGAAUGUUUCCUUCAAAAACAUAUCCUCCUGCAACCUCUCAAACUGUACUAAAUUGAGUGAUCUUUCUUGAAGUCUGCCUCUGUGCUAACAGAACUUCAUUUUAAAUAGAAUAUGGUUUAAUUUUUGAUAAGCUGCUGAAUUUUAAAGAGUUUUUGGGGCCACCAAAUAUUUUGGAUCAUGCAGAGAAUAUAUAUUGUACUGUAGUAAUUUUGUAUUUACAUUUGUAUGAUGUGACAUAAUAGAUGUGAAUGUUAAUCACUGCUUGACUAUGUUAAUAAAAUCAUUUAAAUAUA